GUGGCGAUGGAGGCUGGGGGCAGCGGAGCUGGAAGGCAGAAGCUGUCGCUUCGGACCGCGCUCCCUGGCUCUGCUCCACACCUCCAAAAUAAGAGCUCUGCCUCGUCCAAGCUACGAAGAGAAGAAAAGCAAGCUGCCUGAUCCUUUGUUCAGCAAACCAGGAUCUCAAUGGGGAAGCUGAUCUCCAAAGGCCGGCGCAGAAGAGAAGCACGAGUGGUCAUGCUGGGGCUCGACCUCGCUGGCAAAUCCACCCUCCUCUACAGGCUGAAGAGCAGCCAGGCCAUGGAGACGUGCCCCACGGUGGGCUUCAACGUGGAGUCCCUGCGGACGCCCUGCGGCGUGCCCUUCACCCUCUGGGACGUCGGGGGACAAAGCAGCCUCCGGGCCAGCUGGCCCCACUACCUGGAGGACACCAACAUCCUCAUCUUCGUGCUGGACAGCACGGACAUGGCCCGGCUGCCCGAAGCUUUGGAGGCUCUGGAGGAAGCCCUGGGCCACCCCAGCCUGGCCGAUGUCCCCAUCCUCCUCCUGGCCAACAAGCAGGAGGUGCCCGGGGCGAUGGCUCCUGCUGAGCUGGGGCAGCGGCUGCAGCAGGGACGGCUGAGGGGGCACCCGUGGGUGCUGCGGGGCUGCAGUGCCCUCACCGGACAGGGCUUGCAGGAGGCUCUGGGGGUCCUGGGUGAGCUGCUGAGGGGCGCGGGGCAGCGCUCCCUGUCCCUGGAGCAGCCUCUCGUUGGGCCAGCAGAGAGGAGGCAAGCCCUUGGGUGAGCCUCAGGUGGAGUCAGCACAGAGCUGAAGCUCAGGUGGACCCUGCAUGGGGUUUGCCAGCAGGAUGACAGCCUCUGGGCACCCCC